AUGGCUUCUAACUCGACCGUAGAUCCUCCGGUCAUUGCCAUUCUCGGUGCUACUGGUACACAAGGUCAGGGUGUGGUGGCGGCUUUACUCAGGUGUACAGAAACACCUUUUUCCGUUCUAGCCUUGACACGUGACAUUGCAUCGGAAGCUACGCAGCGUCUUCAAGCUCGAUAUCAAGGAGACAAUAGGCUUAAAUUCGGCUUUGCAAAUGCCUACGACUUUGAGUCGUUGUUGACGGCAUUCAAGGAUGCCUACGGAGUUUUUGCUGUCACCAAUACCCGGUUAUCGGGAGAGACCAUCGAGAGCGAGGAGGAUAUGCGGCAUGAAGUGACGGCCGGUCAAAACAUAUAUCGAGCUGCAAAGGCAUGCGGAAUCAAGCAUUUCGUCAUGAGCAGCCUUCCGAGUAUCAGCAUUGCCAGUAGUGGUAAAUUCCAGAAAGUCUUCCAUUUUGAUCAGAAACACGAAAUUGAAGAAAUGGCGCGCGAGGAGCUUCCUGCCACCUUUGUGUAUCCUGCUCCUCUCUCGGCUGACAAGAAGGUUGACUGGGUAGACCCCUGCUAUGAUAUUGGAGUCUUUGUCGCCAAAAUUUUCCAUCUCGGUCCCCAAAAAACGGCUUCAAAAACCUACCCAGUUGUCGGGACUAAAACUUCCAUCCGGCAAAUGGCAGACAUAUUGGAGAUCAAUAUCUCCAAGCGAGUCAUUGUGACCCCAUCGACAGUUGAGCAGUGGGGAGCCUGCAUCUCAGCCAAGGCAGGUCCAGGUUAUCGGCAAGAUAUUGAGCAAAUGAUGGAAUGGAUCAAUGUUGCCCCGGACGAUAAGGUGUGUUUUGGUACGGUCAGUACGGAAAACGAUCACUCCCUCUCAGAACUUGGCGUGCGAGCGAGUUCUUUCCAAGAGUGGAUUGAACGGUAUAAUUGGCAAGGGCCUUGA